UUGGUGAGACUGGAAGGAUGCAGCCAUCCUGUUGUUAUGAAAGGCUUGUGUGCAGAGUGUGGCCAGGACUUGACUCAGAUACGAAGCAAGAAUGGAAAGCAGAAUGUGCCAUUAUCAACAGCAACUGUGUCUAUGGUUCACAGUGUCCCAGAACUGAAAGUUAGCUCUGAGCAAGCUGAGCAGCUGGGAAGAGAAGAUCAACAGCGACUACAUCGAAAUCGGAAACUGGUGCUCAUGGUAGAUUUGGAUCAGACAUUGAUCCAUACUACAGAACAGCACUGCCAACAAAUGUCUAAUAAGGGAAUAUUUCAUUUCCAGUUAGGUCGAGGUGAGCCUAUGCUGCAUACUCGUUUGCGUCCUCAUUGUAAGGAAUUCCUGGAAAAAAUUGCCAAGCUGUAUGAAUUACAUGUUUUUACUUUUGGCAGCAGACUGUAUGCACAUACAAUUGCAGGAUUUUUGGACCCUGAAAAGAAGCUGUUUUCCCAUCGAAUAUUGUCAAGGGAUGAAUGUAUUGAUCCAUUUUCUAAAACUGGGAAUCUUAGAGAUCUCUUUCCAUGCGGGGAUUCAAUGGUUUGCAUCAUUGAUGAUAGAGAGGACGUUUGGAAGUUUGCGCCCAAUUUGAUAACCGUGAAGAAAUAUGUAUACUUUCAGGGGAUAGGAGAUAUUAAUGCACCUCCUGGACCAAGAGAAAUUCAAAUGAAGAAGAAAGUAAACUACUCUACAAAACCAGAGGCACUGGAUUCAGCAGUGACAUCAGCAAAAGAUGCUGAAGAAAUAAAGAGUGUUAUAUGUGUAGAAGAGCAAAGCAAUGGUCUCAAGAAAACUACAAAGGACUCUUGCACUGCAAAUGGAAGUACUUCUGUAAGCAGUGAAAUAUCUGACUGCGAUAUGAACUCUCACGAUGAAGUCACUGCCCAGGACACCUUAAAUGAUAGCACUGAUCACAAAGUGGACAGUGAGGUCACUAAUGAUUUGACAAAUAGAAAAGAAUCCCAGAUUUCUUCAGAACAAGAUGAUAGAACAGCGACAGAGAAGCAGCAAACCCAGGACAAGACAACAAAUGACUUGGACUUUGAAUUGUCUAGUGACAGUGAAAGUGAUGGUGGAUUGGAUACCAAAAAGUCAUCCACUUCUGUGUCAGAUAGUGAGAAUGAGGAAAAGAGAAGCUGGAAGAAAUCCAAACAACCUCUGCAGGAUGAAAAUUUGCAGAAAGGGAGUUGCAUUGAUGUGAGUGAGAAAAAAGAUGGUCUCAUGAACCAUUCUGGGGAUGCACAAUCUCUACCUAGUGAAAAUAUUAAUGACAAAACUGAUCUUGAAGCACAAGAAGAAAGUGAACAGGAAAGUCUUUCUGAUUUAGGAAAUGGGUGUGCAGACAAGAAAGAAGCUGAGACAGAGUCUCAGAAUAGUGAACAAUCUGGAAUUACAAUGGGUGAGUCCUUAGAUCAAAGUAUGGAGGAAGAAGAGGAGGAAGAUGAUACAGAUGAUGAUGACCAUUUAAUUUACCUUGAAGAGAUCCUUGUGCGGGUUCACACUGAUUAUUACACAAAGUAUGAUAAAUACCUGAAAAAAGAGAUUGAGGAAAUUCCAGAUAUCAGAAAAAUAGUACCAGAACUGAAAAGUAAAGUGUUGGCAGAUGUAACCAUAAUAUUUAGCGGACUCUACCCAACAAACUUUCCCAUUGAGAAGACACGGGAACACUAUCAUGCCACCGCACUUGGAGCUAAAAUUGUGAAGAAUCUAGUACUGAGUGCUGAUGAUCCUGACAAAGCAACGCAUCUCAUUGCAGCAAGGACAGGCACAGAAAAAGUACGGCAAGCUCAGGACUGCAAGGACCUCCACGUUGUAAACCCUGACUGGCUGUGGAGCUGCUUGGAGCGCUGGGACAAGGUUGAGGAACAGCUUUUUCCCUUGAAGGAUGACUACAUCAAAACACACAGAGAGAAUAGCCCUGCUACGUUUCCUGAUACACACAGCACAUUUCAGACUGCUUUGUUUCACCCAACACCCAUCCAUCCAAAGUCUCAACCUGGUCCUGAAGUGCGGCUUUAUGAUCCUAACACUGGAAAGUUAAUCAGGAAAGGUGCUCAGACCUGUGGCCAGCCAAUGUACAUCCAGUCUCCAGCUCCUCCCAUCUCCUUACCAGUCCACGGUGAACACUCAUCCUUCAGAGUUGUUCAACCACAUCAGCAACAGAUGUUUGAAGAAGACCUACCAACAAGUGAAAAUGAAGAGCAGCCUGGUCCAUCUAAGCGGAAACGCCAGCCAAGUAUGUCUGAGACAAUGCCCCUGUACACCCUAUGUAAAGAGGAUUUAGAGAGUAUGGAUAAAGAG